GCUUCAAAUGGCCUUGACGAGUUGCCUUAACUCUGGUAUGAAGACACGGUAAGAUACGUUCGUUCCUGGUUGGUAUAUCAAUUCCCCAUGCCGCCCAAAUUACCCUUGCGAAGCAUCAAACCUUUUCGUCUUCAAUCAUCACAAAUUCCUUACCUCUCAACAUCGACACGCAAGGCUCCCUGCUUCUACGGGCCAGUUCGUGUACGAGUCCCCGUCACGCCAGCUCAACCGCGUCUACUGAAACUCCAAAACCACCUCAGCACCACCACCACCGCCAUGUCUCAGAACAACAACAAUGCCGACUUCAAGCUCGACAAGCUCUUUGAUGUCAAGGGUAAAGUCGCACUGAUCACGGGUAGCGGCUCAGGCAUUGGCCUGAUGGCUACUCAAGCCCUGGCCACCAAUGGCGCCAGAGUCUACAUCGUCGGCCGGACCGAAGAGAAACUGCAACGAGUGGCCGACAUCUACGGCAAAGACAUCCCCGGCGAAAUCAUCCCACUGACGUGCGACGUGUCCAAAAAGGACGAGAUCAAGCGGCUCGUGGCCGACAUCUCGUCGCGCGAAAGGUGUCUCUGCAUCUUGUUCAACAACGCCGGCAUCUCCCUGAACACCCAACAGACCGAGGCCAGGUCGGCGGAAGAAAUGUCGGCCAACCUCUUCGACGACCCGGACGAGACUUUUGAGAUGUGGACCGACACGUACCGCACCAACGUGCCGCAGCUCUUCUUCAUGACGACCGCUUUCUUGCCGCUCCUGGAAGCCGCGCACAAGCACAACGACAACUUUUCCGGCGUCGUCAUCAACAACACGAGCAUCUCCGGGAUCGUCAAGACAUCGCAACACCAUUUCGCCUACAAUGCCAGCAAAGCCGCCGCUAUUCAUUUGACGAGGAUGCUGGCGAACGAGAUCGCGCAGAACGGGCUGAGGGUGAGGGUGAACAGCGUCGCUCCGGGCGUGUUCCCCAGCGAGAUGACGGCGGGUGAGAGCGACGAGAAGCAAAAGUCCCACAUCCCGCGGGAAAAGUACGAGAGCAAGGUCCCCGCCGCGAGGCCCGGAGAGGACAGGGACAUGGCGAAUGCGAUUCUGUUCCUCGCAACCUGUCAAUAUCUCAACGGGCAGACAGUUGCGGUGGACGGUGGAUACAUUCUCAGCGCUGGAAGCGGUCCUUGA